GAAACAUGUUUUCCAAAGUGGUAGUUUUCUGCGCCCUGGUGGCUGUUUCGUCAGCUGGUCUUCUUCCCGCUGCUGUUCACUACUCUUCAGCGGCGGCCGUCUCUUCCCAGAGCAUUGUCCGUCAUGACCAGCAACAAGCCAAGCUGGCUAUUGCUGCCCCUGUCGCUUACCAGGCUGCCCCUGUCGCUUACCAGGCUGCCCCAGUCUACCAUGCUCCCGCUCCCGUCUACCACUCUGCUCCAGCUCCAGUUGCCUACCACACUGCCCCUGCCCCAGUUGCUUACCAUGCUGCCCCAGUUCACUACGCCGCUCCCGUUGCUAAAGUCGUCGCUCACGAAGAAAUCGCUCACCCCAAAUACGAGUACUCUUACUCCGUGUCCGACCCUCACACCGGUGAUGACAAGCAGCAACAGGAGGUCCGCGACGGUGAUGUCGUAAAGGGCUCCUACUCUUUCCACGAAGCUGAUGGCUCCAUCAGAACCGUAGAGUACUCCGCUGAUGACCACAGCGGCUUCAACGCGGUCGUGCACAACACCGCCCCUACCGCCGCCCCAACCCUAGUCAAGGCCGCCCCAGCCCUAGUCAAGGCCGCACCCGUCCUCCUCAAAGCUCCCGUCUACGCUGCACCCGCUCACCAAUACUACCACUAA